AUGUCUACAGCAGGGCCUACUGCAUUCGGGUAUCCAACUGGGAGUACGUCAAACUUCCUUGAUCCUUGUCGACGAUGUUAUGAAAGCGUGGCUGGACAUUCACUAGGCUACGGCUUGCUAGUUCUCGCCACUACAAGAGUGUUUGUGGUUGAAUCAGAUGUCGCAUUGGACCUGUUUUUUUUCAUCAUCUUCAGACAAGUUCACUUCAUCUGGAUUAGGAACAAUUAUCCUACAACCGUUGCCAACACCCAUGAAGACCCGUCAGCAGACGACAAGGCUAUUGUAAGCGUCAAGGAGACAGAGGAAGGUGCCAAAUUGAGAGAGUCACAGGAAGAGAAGAUCUUGUCAAUCCAAACGGCUUACUUUCUCGUAGCCGGUAAAAUCGACUCCCUCGAAAAGGAAAGCGAAGCGCAUCGCGACGUCCUAGAUCAAAUCGCAACCGAUCAAUCAAAUCUAUCGGAAAAAAUAGAUCAGCAAAUGUCAACUAAAGCUGAUCUUCAAUGCUUCCAAUUAGGAAUUGAAGACGAAGUCAGUCGCCUCAAAGAGACUGUGAAGGAAUUGAAGCAUAGACUUCUGGGAGAACCGAAGGAAAGCCCGCUGGACUGCUUCUCUCCAUCUCCAUUCAAGAUCCCUAAGAUGUCCGAGAAGAGAGGACCAACUGGUGAAAUCGAGGAGAAUUCCUCAUCGAUCACUCGGAAAUCAUUGAAGGACUGCCCAUUGUGCAGGGAUAGCGGACAUCGGCUGGCUGAUUGUCCACAAUUUGCUAGUAAGCUGGAGAAGCUCCAACAAUUCCGAAAACGUCAGAUCUGUUGCACUUGCGGAAAUCUUCAGUGUUCGAGAAUCAACUGCCCAAAAGCAACGAUUCAGUGCCAAAUCUGUAAAGGCAAACAAGAGUUCGGAAAGACGCUGCAUAUCUCGGAGAUUUGCAUCUUCGAAACGCACGUCUCCAAGAGACCAAGUCAAACUGAGUAUAGACGCCAAAAGUUCUCGGCGCAGCGUCCCAGAUCCAAGUCGCCAGCAAAAGAAAACCCAGCUGCAACGCAAGGACCUCAACCAGCACAACUUCAGCAACAAAUGGUACAACAACAAUACCAACAGCAACCAAUGAUGCCAACUGGUCCAGCCUUCGGACCCGGUUAUCAGAUGAAUCCAAUGAUUCCACCUCAGCAAUACCAAUACCAGCACCCACAACAGAUGGUCCCAAUGCCAAUGCAGCCGAUACCACUUCAACAAUACGGCUACUACCAACAGCAGCCAGGUCCAUCGAACCAAACUACUCAUCAUCAGUAG